CCAAGCUGCUAAAUAACUUAAUGAUGUUCCACACCCUUGUUACAGCGUUUGAUUGCCUGAUGAUGAGAGGCAACUUUGUCCGGCUUGUUUUCUGUCAUCAGUGUACUAAGCAUGGUAGAAGCAGCCAUAGCUAGCUAACUAGCUAGCUAACUAACUAGCUAGCUAGCUAGCCGCAGCUCCAGCUUCAAGCCACGCCCCUUUCCUGCAGUCCGCGGACAGACCUCUCUCCUUAACUGUCAGCAUUAAAUACAUGCUUUAAGCUUAUUCAGUUUAAACAACGAAACACAGACCACGAAUAAGUCGCAGGGUGUGAAGAUAAGUACUACAUCCGGGCUUCACUGUCUGGACGCUAGCUGAAGAUAGUGUGCUGCUAAUAGAGGCAGUCUGGAUGGAGGGACUGCGUCACGAAGGAAAACUCCAGAUCAUUUUCACAACUUAGAUUCAAUGCUAUCCACUCAUAUAGCCGUGUCCAACACAAUGACCUCUGCGGUGACAUCUUCUGAUCCUCACGGGCUAACCUUGCCAGCCAGCCGGGGUGCAUUCUCCGGGAGCCCGCGGAGGAUGAGGCUCCAGAAGCUGCUCGAUGUACCCGGACACGACCCGAGCCGGGUUAACGACCUGCUGCUCCUGCGGCCCGACACAGACGGCCAGACUGCUGCAGAACCAAGGGAGGAGACCAGCAACAGACAUGUGAUGUUUUUCCACGGGGACAUUCAGAACUUCGAGGUGGAGAUGGCUCUGCAGCCUGAGGGAGCCCAGUGGCUCUCCUGGAGUCUGGAGCAGGUCGCCCUCACCCUGGGCCGACGUUUCCCAGGCCAUCACGUGUGGGUGGUCAGAGCCUGCCGCAUGUAUCUCCACAAGUUCAGCAGCUACCACAACUUCGUCGAGAGCAACAUGUUCGGGGCACCGGAGCACUCGCCGUACUCACCUGACUCCGGAGCGUUUCUCCACCUCAGGGCCCUGCUGAGCCACGGCAUGGAGCGAGCCAACCUACCGGACCCCCCUCUGCCACAGGGAGGCGCUGACAGCCUUCCCCCGGGGUUCUCGCUGACCCUGGUGGGCUUCAGCAAAGGCUGCGUGGUGCUGAACCAGAUGGUGUACGAGCUGGCCGGCGCCCGAGCGGACCAGCAGAUGUCACACUUCGUCGAGGGCGUCUCGGACAUGUACUGGCUGGACGGCGGGCACCCGGGUGGCAGCGAGACCUGGGUGACCAACAAGCAGGCGCUGAAGGAGCUCGCCUCCAGCGGGGUGUCGGUCCAUGCCCACGUGACCCCCUACGAGGUGUGUGACCCGAUGCGGGCGUGGGUGGGCCGCGAGCACAGACACUUCAUCAAGACCCUGGAGGAGUUCGGGGCCUGUCUUAGUAAGAAUCUGCACUUCGAGGACGAGCCCCCCUCAAUUGAGAAUCACUUCAGGGUCAUCCAGGAGUUUUGAGUUUGCUUGUGAGCACUAACGUGCAGAUUGAGUGUCUUAUUUGCUGGUCUUACCUCAUUUUUCUUGGAUUUAAGGGCUCAGACUUGAGAGCAUGUGACAGAUGCUUGUGUGUUGUACCUUCUACAGCUAAAUGCACUUGACCCGACCCGUCUGAAUGAUCCGGGUGCUUUUUUUCUUGCUCUCUGUGACCCUGAGUAGGAAUAUGCAGGUGUGAAAAUGGUCUUUAGUCUUUACUCUUUACAUUUGAUUCUGGCUCAAGCUACGAGCUGCUGCAGAGCUGUCCAUUCAGAAACAUGAUUGAUUCAUGUUCAGUUGGAUUUUGCUAAUGAGGGAAUGCGUCCAAGUUAUGCUGUAUACAAUUAAUUGUGACUUAUUUUAAUUUUUGCGAACUAGAGAGUCAACAGUGUGUCAUAAUGGCAUCCGUGUAUGUUUUCAUAGUUUGUUUAUGGAUUAAAUCCUAAAUAGUGGAAAUGACAAAACGACUUGUAUUUUAGUUUCGUCCUCCCUGACACGAAGAGACUUCACCUGGAGGAGAGCGGGCCACAGCUCUGGGAGACAGGCCUUGGGUUAGCCGUUAGCUGGAGCAAUCUUUGUAACGGGAGAAACAGAAAGUUUGCUGAUCCGGCAGGGAGCCGGGGCUUUCUCUCGGGAUCAGACCCCCGGUUCUAGGUGACUGUUUCUUGCUGGCUGUAUUCCAUUUGCUCAAGCCAACCACUGACUGAAGGUCUGCGGAGAGUACGAAAUGUAUAUAUAUUUUUUCUUGUUUCUGCCACUUUGGACUAAGUCUAAUAAACAAACUAUCAAGGCGUAUUCGAGCUGUACAACCCCACUUAGUCACAGUAAACACAAAGAUGGCUGACACAUGAACUAAAGGCCGACGCCACACACAGACUAUGAUGAUGAGCAGUUAUUUGACAGUUUGAUUGAACUUUACACAUUGUUUACCUGCUGUUAGUCAGUAGUCAUUGUCUGAUUGAUGACUGUAAAUGUAGAUUGUAUGGACCCAUUUGUAGAGGUGAAAUGCUGCCCCCUAUUGGUUUGGAGCAGGUGGUCGAUAUUACCCUUUGCACCUUAAAGAAUGAUUGGCCGAAGCAGAACAGCUUAUUACACUGAUAGAGUGAUACGUGCACUUGUUUGAGACAUGAAUGUUUGAACUUUACAGAGUCAGGACUUCAUCAGAUGGUCUCUCUGAAGUGAUUCUUGAUUGUAUUCAAAUGUUUACUUGUUCACAAAGUAAAAAAGUUCCAUUGUCAUUCCUUCAGUGUGAUCCUAAUAGUGGAUCGUCCACCAAUAAUGUGUCAGACCUUUUUUCGUUAAAUGUCACACAGCUGUGUUCUUUGGGGGAGAAAAAAAGAACUGUUGACAACACAGUCUCACCUCAAGGUCCCUUUAGUAGCUGUUCCGGAGCUUUCAGUCAUGUCACAUGAUCUUCUUUGGCAAAUAGUUAAUUACUGACGAUCAUAUGGACCUUGAGGAGACAUUUUGUCAGCUGCUGUUUUUAAGUUUAAGAAAGAACUUCCUGUUUCUUUAUUUUGGAUCUUUCCCUCACAUGUUUUACAGUUUGGGUUUUGACAAUAAACCCAAAUGUCUAGUUAUAACAAUAGGUUAUACAUAACCUAUUGUUAUAACUAGACAAUCUUUAAUAAUGUUAUAAUGAGAAGUGUCUUGUGAAGAUGUACUAACUAGAAGGUACUUAUUCAUUUUCUUGUCAGUUUUUUUGUUUGUUUCUCAUGGUGGCAGAUUUGCAUUAUAUAUAAUGAACUUUGUUUAUUGAGAAAAUGCUCAUACUUGUUAGUCCCGCUGUGGGAGUGUGUCGGCAUGUGUUUUCAUGAUGUAUUCCAGUCUGUAUGAUCUCUAUGUAAGCUGACAUUGCAUCUUUGCACUACGCUGAUGGCUGUAACUCAUCUUGCUGAAUGUAACUUAAAAUCAUUCCAUAAUGUUGUCUACUUUUUUUUUUAAAGGUAAUCCCAGCAAGUGCACACCAAAGAUAAGUUGCAUUAUUUUGAAUCAAGUGCUUGUUAAUUUGUCACCAUGCUAUCUCGUCCUGUUAACUGUUGUCCAGUGAUGAAGAGAGUACAGCGGAGAAAUGUGUUUGUCUCUCGUUAAAGGGAUGGUACAGAUUUUUGGAGGUAUGGUUGUAUGAAGAAUCAGCACAAGAGGAAAGUAAUGUACUGCUAAUAGCACACCUAAUAGAAAUCAGUAUGCGCUGUAUUUUAAAUAUUUUUGCCACUUUACUUUGCUGUGAGACCACCACCAGCUGAAGCAGUUAUGAUCUCUUCAAAGCAGACCAGACUCCUUUUAAGAAUUUUGUUUUUAACGCUGCCUCCAUUGGUUGGUGUGUCUGUGUUUCAGUGUUACUUUGGUGACUCUGAACUAACCCUUUUAAACACUAAAGACACAAAAUAACAGAAACAAACUACCUGAUAGGAGCAGUAGUAGACCAGAAACUCAUGUGUUCUGCAAGGUUAAAUUAAUGUAUUUUGUGUAGGAGUGUGGUGGAUUUGAAGAGUGCUGUGUAGAUAAUGGCUUUAAUUCCUGUUUAGAAGGGGCUGUCCGAAAGCAAGUGUAGUCUACACUUCAACUGAUGAUGAUUUGUAUAGGUGUUUAAAAUACAUCCAUAGCAGGACACUGCUUUUCUCCCGUGCUGGUACUCUUGUCUGUUUCUCCAAACCUACUACUGUAGGAAGUAAUACACUGACUAUUGAGUAGUACCUCACACAACCCCACUCAAAACCUUUUAAUAGAGUGGAGUUUUUUCCAUCUCUUUUCAAUCAGCAGGUGGCAGCAGUGGGGAAAAAGAAGGAUAAUGACAGAUAAACUGCUCUACACUGGAUUAACCAAGACAGCAACAAAAACACAUCAAAUACUCCAUCAGAUAUUUUCUACAACCUUUAAUGAGCUUUUUCAGUUUGCUUGGUGAUGCCUACAUAUUAGCCUGCAGUUGAUCAGAAUACAAUAAGGAUUAUGUCUUUUUUUUGUCAUUUCAGAUGCAAUCAGAAUGCUCAUACAUUAGAAAAACAGAAAAUAAUAUAAAACGCAAAAUAAACAUACAUCUCUUAAACAUUUAUGUGCUUGUGGCUGGUUUGACUGUAACCCACAGUAUCCUUCGGGCUCACUGUGGUCACAUAGAACUUAUGAGGAAUGUCGGGUGACAUCAGUCCCCUGAUGUUACUGCUGCUCAGCUUCUUAAGGAUGACGGACUGAGCUGCUCCAGCUCAUGACAAUGAGCACAUCCACACACACACACACACACACACACACACACACACACACACACACACACACACACACACACACACACACACACACACACACACACACACACACACACACACACACACACACACACACACACACACACACACACACACAGAGAGAGUGAGAGAACACAAGCGACUGGACCCAGUACGAUAGCUGUACACAACAACAGAAUCAACACCACAGCGUAGGUCAUGUUCAAGUGACGAGAUGGACAAUGCCAGCAAACACGAGCCACUUUGUGUGACCCCGUUUGGAGCAUUCCAUCAUCCUGCAAAGUGAGAUCCCUGACAUCACCGCGCUGCAAAACAAGUCAUCCUCUCUCAAAGGUUUAGCUACUCGUCAAGUCUUAAAACUUUUUUUUUUUUAAGCAGAUGACACUUCUGCAACAGGAAAGAGGAACCUACGCUUGUUUAUGUACAACUGAGCUUGACAAAUUUAGACGUGAGAAACUUCCUGUAUAGAGAGAUUAUUUCAAUACACCCGUGUGGAGAGGUAUUUGGAAAAAGUAUUAGACUGACUGUGAAAAUACUUAACUCAUGAGAUGAAGUAAGAUUCCAGCUUAUUUCCUCAUACAGUAGCAAUAGAGAUGCUCUACCAUAAAUCACCUGACUCAGACAGAUGUACUUUCCAGCUGUUUGGAGAAUAAAAUUCUUACACGCUCAAGUAGAAUCUGCCAACUCGGUGAGAUUAAAUUACUGGUCGUGGUGAAGAAUCUUUUACAGUGUGUUUUACAAGUGUUGUUCCAGUUUUCAAGGAUGACAGCAUACAGAUGAGAGCACGGCCGUGGCUGGAGACGCCCAUCUCCCACACAAAGGCCAUUGUACCAGCCGGUGACAACAACGAGAAAAAAACCAAAAACACAAUGUGGUCUUAUUCGGUUUGACACCUCAGAACAAAAAGAGGAAUGUUUCACUGGAGACUAAGAGCAAUCAGAGUUUAGGAGAGGGUUUUUUUGUGUCAUUUAAGUGAAUCAAAGAUGGCAGAUCCUGUGAAUCAAUAGCACCUUGUAUUUUUUCACAUCAUACAGUGGUUCUGUCACAUCUGUCUCUUUCUUAAACAACACCCAAAUCAUCAUUCCCACUUUCUCGUCACUUAACAAACAUUUCAUGCCUACAUAUCUUAGAACGCACCAUCCCAACUUAAAGGAACAGUUCAUUCUAUUCAAACUAUUCCUUUAAAAGCCUUUUCCAACACUGACGGGUUUCCAGUAUUUAAUCAUCUUCCUCCUGACUGAAACCAUCUUGACUCAUGUCUUUCUUUAUAUCCC